UUGUAAAUGUUUUUCGUCAAGGUGUAAUCGAGCAUUCUCAGUAGCUGUGAAAAGUCAAUUUCCUAAUUAAGAUUUGUAUCCUAAACAAAUUAUGAAACCUUGACCAAUUUUUUAGCAAUUGUAGAGGAGUAUAAUUUCAUUAAUUUAUUGAUAAUUCAAACUACUUGUUGAAGUUUCUAUUUAAGUUUUCAGCCACUCUUUUAGAUUUCUGGAAUAUGGUUGUACUCCAUACUAUAGGCCCAUAGUUUGAAAAUUGUUAGCAUAUAAAAAUACUUACUGCAUGCCAGGGGCAGUGUAAUUUAACUUAGAUUUAAAAUUUACAAAAUAAAUAAAUGUUAUUCUUGAAAAUUUAUUAAGAAUUUGACAAGCAAUUUUGUUAAGAAGGUGUUGUUAACUAAUUUAGACUAAUAUUAAUAUAAAUUUUAGAAAUAAAACCUUAACUAUUUCUAACAGCAGAUUAAUAAAAAACUGUAAAAAUUUAAAUAUACAUAAAUAUAAAUGAAUAUGGAAAACAAAGUCAAAAAAUGUAAUGCUGUGUUGACGAAACAAAAAAGGAACAUAUCGAAACCAAAGGAUGUGCUUAAGACUCCAGGCCAAACAAAGUCUUCACUUCAUCGACAAAUGUUGGCGCAAAGCAAAAGGUUACAGAGUGUCAGUCUUGUACCAGAUGAAGUUUUGUAUUAUGUAUUCAAGUAUUUGGAUGCUUCAGAUCUUCUUCGAUGCUGUUGUGUGUCAAAGUUGUGGAAGGAGGUAGCAAUUAUACCUGCUUUAUGGGAAAAACUGUUCAAGCAAUUGCCAAAAUCUUGUCGUGAUUUUUCAACCAACGCCAAAACCUGUGGUGCAGUUGAUUGGAAAAGAGAAUGUUUAUUUUGCGCAAAGGAAAGAAGAAGUGAAAAAGUAAAAAAGCUUCUAAGAGAAUCAAAUUUAGCUUCUGUCAAGAAAGCAAGACUUGAAGCUACUAGAACCUUAAAUAUUCGUUGGUUACUUGUGUGUGAAAAUACGAACUCCCAAAUAUUUGAAGCACAAGCUGAAGAAGAUUUCAUCUUUAAAGAUGGCGUAUCAAUACGUUGGAACAAUCCACAUGUACCAGCUUUGUCUAAAAUAAAGUUUGUGAAGCUAUAUGCUCUUACACCCGUAUUUUAUGCAAAAGAUUGGAAACCUGUUACUUCAAGUGUUUGUACAAGAUCAUUAAUAUUCAUGCAUGAGUUCAAAGGAGCAGGUUGUUUUACUUUCAUAAAGCCGUUACAUGGAGAUGAUCACGUGGACAUGUUUGUAUUGAGCAAAUAUAUGUACUUUGCAAUAUGGAAGUCUUCUCUACCAAAAAUUGGAGAUGUUGCAUUUAUCGGAGUUACUUUGCCUUUGGAUAAUUUACUUAUGAAGACGCAGAAUGGAACUUCACAAAAGAUUUAUCAAAGUCCCCAUCACAAACCAGUUAUUGAUGAUGUUGAUCCUAAUUACGGAAUGCAUGGAUAUAAAGCGUCAAUAACUCUUCGAAAUUGUCGCAAAAUUUAUUUUUAUGAUACUAUCAAAGAGUUUAACGAUGGCACGUGGAAGGGCAACGAAUUAAAUGUCCAACACAGACGUUACGAUGACUACAUUUUUUACGAUAUAAAAGACGAACUCAACUUUUUGUGGAAAACAGAAGCCAUAAAAGGGAAAAUUCAAGAUUUCAUUUUGUUAGACGUGUGUUUGCAUGACAGCAAUAAUGAAGUGAUGUGGAGCUUCAGCAUUCCGACAAAGAUUACAAAACUUAUGAAUGAAAAGCACAAUUGUUCGUACGAAAAUUGUGAACUUUGGGAGUUGGGACAUCAAGAUGAAUUGGGUAAUUUAAAAAUAGAAGUAAUUAAGAAUGGAGCCACAGCUGAAUCUACCAUUUUGACAGUUACGUUCCAACUUCAGAAAUCUUUUGUGAAUCAGUGGUUUGGUACGAAAUACUAAAACAAAUUCUGCGCAGACAUUUUAAAACAUUUUCCAAAAUAUUUUCUAUUACCGUGAAACGUUAAAGGGGAAAUAAGCUCUUUCUAAUUUUUAUUUAAAAAGACAGUAGCCAUAACAACUUGAAAUACCUAUUUCUUUUCAUAUAAAAGUUUCCCCAACUUUUGUGAAAAUUUAUCUUUAAUCCGCGUGAAAUCGCUCUUUUUUUCUGAUCCCUUGGCGAUUUUAAAAGGACCCUGUAGCAAUUUGAUAUCACGAAUAGAGGUGAAAGGCUUUUAUGUCAUAAAUUGAAAUUGAAAUAAUGUGCAGGGUACCUACUUGACCAAUUUUAAUAAUUUAAAGCAGGUUAAGUAUUUAUCCAGAAAAAAAAGUUGUACAAUUAAAGAAAAUAAUUAAAAUAAUUCUAUUUAUCAAAGUUGUUUUAACUGUAUAAAGUUUUUUUAGGCUUUUUUCUAAAACUGUAUAUAUUUAUAUGUGUAUAUAUCAUAGAUAAAUGUAUAAUAGUAAAAAAAAUAGAUAAAAAAAAAUAGAUGUGUAUGUGUUGAUAAGAAGUCAUAAUUUAAUUGUACAAUUGUGAAAUCUCGACUACAACAUCUUGUUUAAAUAUAUUUGUUUAUUUGUUAAGUUCAGAGAAACUUAGAAUGUUCAGUCAGACAUUUUUCACAUAUAUACUACUCUACUCUGUUACAGUUGUAUUUUGAUAAGGUUGUUUUUGUAAAGUUUACUACUUCUGAUAGGUAUGCUAUCUCUUCACUUCGAAGUUAGUGAAGGAGACAAUUUUUCAACAGCUGGUACUAAAAACCAACAACUAA